AUGUCAUUACUAAACCAACAAAUCAUUGUCUCUCUUAGUGAAGAAACCGCCGACCUCUUCGCGGACGCAUUUGAGUUCGUGUACACACCAUGGCCAGACAGCAGUAAUAAAUACGCACUAAGAAGCCAACUUGUUGACUUCAUUGGUGAUUAUCUGUACUUUGCACCAGGUCACGAGGUCGCCAACAUUCACAGCACAGUUGCUCCGGUGUACAUGUACGAGUUCGCACAUCGCAGAACAAAAGGAAAUAAGAACAAGGAGUGGAUGGGUGUGGUCCAUGGUGCUAAUGUACCUUACGAGUUUGGAAACCCGUUCUACCCUGGUCUUUCGUCAGAUUUUGACGCAGGCGAUAGAAACGUCAGUUUGUUCCUAAUGGAGUUGUACGUAAACUUCGCCAAGAGCGGCGAUCCAACACCCCAGCCAGUCAGCGGUGUUACGUGGGAGAGGUACAACAGCAGUCACAGAGCUUACUUGCGAGUUGACGUUCAUCCCAAGAUGGCGGCGGCGUUUGCUCCUCGCCGAAUGGCUUUCUGGAAUGAUUACUAUCCUAAACUGGCGCAAGUACAGUUUGAUACCAGGGACAAAGUGGUCAGCGAUGCUAACGUUGACGUUGCCAUGGCAAUGCUUUUUAAGGUUGUACUUAUGAUUGUUUUCGCCAUGUUGUACUGA